AUGCACGAAGCCGCACGUGCACCUAACCGCACGCCGCCGCGGGACAGCAAGCGAGACCGUUCUUCGCUGAGGACUCCGCCCCUCUCGCUCCUUAACUUUUCCCUUCCACGGGCUCCGCCCCCAUUCAACGCGCGACCCCGCAAAUCAAAACGCCUCGAACCAGCCGGGGAGUGGCGGGUUGCUUCUGCUGCUUUCGCCGCAGUGCCCGCGUUCGUCCCGCCGGAGCAGAGUCGGUGGGGCGGCGAGUCUUUGUUCUCCGGCAGCGCUUCGUCGCGGGCGAGGGGAGAGAGAGGGGGAGGAAGCCGUUCGAAGUGUUUCAAAAAUUCCCAGCCGACGGCUUUGUAUGCUGUUCGCCGCAUCCCAGUCGUGGUGAAAAUUUGCCAGCGACAGGAGCCGGGCUGGAUUCACGUGCGGGUUUCCUCGGGAGUAAGCCGCGUUGUGUUGGAGAAGCUUACUCUCCGAGCAAGUUCAACUGUUAGCGCGCCUUGGAUUUUCCACCCCUUCCUUCUGGGAUUAGCUUCCAUCACUGACUUCUUUGGAACUUCCUCCUUCAUUAGAAUUGCUGAUGAAGGAGUAGAAAGUAGAUUUAACCUUAUUGCUCUUUCCACCCCCAGAAAUCAAGAUGGAUGUUUCCCUGCAGUUAGUCUAAGGCUAAGUGCCAGCUGUGGUGUGAUUUCUCUAAGCUCAGAAACUGACUUGGUGACAUUCCACAAGAUGACCAAACUUCAUGCAGAAACUAUUCAUGCAUUUUCAGACAUUGUUGUCAGCACUAGAAAUUGUCCUUGCAAGAUGAGUCACUUUUCUCGGAAGAGCUCCUCAGUGAUUCCACAGCUGGAAUACAGGCCAUCCCAGACGGAUUCAUCAAAUAACCUAUCAAUGGAUACCUUUUGGCUAGAAGUAGAGAGCAUCAAAGAGAGCACUGAAUCUGAGUCUGAAGAGUGCAGCCUUACAGAAGCCAAGUUCCUGGAAGAGGGGGAAGCUGAGGCUGAAUGGCUGCAGGACGCUGGACUCUCUGACCUAAUGGGUGAUCAUGCGGAAGAGAACGGCAACAUUGUCCUGCUGUCCACUUUGACCAAGACUCAGGCUGCGGCUGUGCAGCGACGGUUGGAUACUUAUACCCGCUCCCGACGGAAGAAAAAUAAGCAGCCUAUCCGUGAUGUCAGAGACAUUUUUGGAGUAGUUGAGUCUGGGGAGACUGAACCAGCAAUGGAGGCUGAAAUAGAUCGACCACACCGCAGGUCUGCAUCGUCUAACAACCUUCAGAAAUAUCCAGUGGGAACCCCAGGAUUCCAGUCUCCCUUGAGAGAUUCUGUGAGAGAAGAGUUAUUCAGCAUGGAGGCUGCAUAUUCAGAGCAGGCUGCAAUCCUGCUCAAAGGAUCAUUCCCAAGGGAAACCAGGAGGAUGAAGGAAGAGAGUUGUUUGCCUAAAUUUAAGAUCCCCAAAGGAAGGCUGGGAGUAACCAAGACAGAAGAUUUGUCUCUGCAGGACAUGAAGAAAAUCCCUACCCUAGCACUCAUUGAACUAACUGCCCUUUGCGAUAUUGUUGGCUUAGAGCUGAAGAGGAACAAGGAAGUUAAACGAAAGUCAGCAGAGCACAAACUUUUUGGAGUUCCACUUGGCACUUUGUUAGAGAAUGAUCAAAAGCUCCUUCCAAACACCAGGGUUCCACUGAUUCUACAAGCAUUGCUUUCAUGUUUGGAAAAGAAAGGGCUGGAUACAGAAGGAAUCCUGAGAGUUUCAGGAUCACAAUCUCGCAUUAAGUGUUUGGAACAAAAACUGGAAAGUGAAUUCUACACUGGCUUCUUCCAGUGGGAUGAGGUCCAUCAAAAUGAUGUCUCUGGUCUGCUGAAGAGGUUUAUUCGAGAGCUGCCCACUCCUCUUCUGACAGCAGAAUACUUGCCUGCCUUCGCAGCUGUGCAGAAUAUCCCAGAUUUGAAACAGAGGCUGCAGGCUCUCAAUCUUCUCAUACUGAUUUUACCAGAACCUAACCGAAACACCCUGAAGGCACUGCUGGAAUUUCUUAGGCUGGUAGUUACCAAAGAAAACAAAAACAAGAUGAGCCUUUGGAAUGUUUCCACGGUUAUUGCUCCAAACCUCUUCAUGCACAAGGGUUUGCCAAGCAAGAUCCCAGAAGGAAAAGAAAAGCAACUGGCAGAAGGUGCAGCAGAUAUUGUUCGAAUGAUGAUCCAUUAUCAAGAUUUGCUCUGGACUGUUCCUUCUUUCUUGGUAACUCAGAUAAGAAAACUGAAUGAGAACAGCAGCUGGAAGUAUCAGUUCUAUGACAGGAGGAUCAAGAAUCUGUUGAGAAAGAUUCAUGCAGACAAGGAGAAGACAGAAAAGAACACUGGUGAACCUUGCAAAAUAGUCAAAAUCCAGGCUUCCUUGUUCUUAAAAGAUUCUUUGGAAGUUCAUUUAACUCAUGGAACAAAAGUAGUUGAUGUUCUGAGACAGUUCCAGAAGAACCUUGGUCAGAAUGGCUGGAAUAUUGUCAACGCAGUCAACAUUAUCAAAUGUAAUGGUUCAGUGGAUUCAAUGAACUUCCUACUAUAUGAAGUUGGUGGCAACAUAAAUGAACAUUGCCUGGAUCCAGAUACGUACCUUUUAGACCUGUACCAUGUGAAUCCUCACGCAGAAUGGAUUAUAAGGCAAACCCCGUCUUUUCCAAGAACACCUUAGGAAGACUGCUUAGUAAAAAAGAAUGGAACUAAGAAUUUGUAAUAAAUUGUUUAAGCCGAGGUGGGGAUGUUAGAACCUCAAGCAUCAUCUGUUCAUGAAGAUAACAGUUUUAAUGGACCAGUAGGUUAUGGAAAAGUAGCAAAUCCUUUUAAAUGUUUGUUUGAGAUUGUAGCCAAUAGUGUUGUAUGAUAGGAUUCCUUAUAGUAAAGAAGAGCUGGUAGGAAAAAAGGAUGGAAAGAUAAAAGUAUUUGGAAAAACUCAUGCAGAUAAUCUGAUUUUGAGGUUUGAUUGGAGAGACUUAAAGACCUCACAUGGGAGGAAUGAGAACCAGCAUCUCAAUAUGCAGUAGCUGGUUAACAACUGUUGACUUUUAUAAUGUGAAACUAAAUAUUUGAAUUAGGACUUCUUGUAUAAUCAUAUAAUUUUAAAAAAAAUAUUCCUGCUGCUUUGUUUCUGGAGAGCUUAAUUGAUAACCAGCUGCCUAGUAUAUAGGAAGAAAAUCAAUAACUAUAGUGGGAAUUCUGCCUUAAGAAUACUUCUGUCUAUGGACAGGGGUGAUAAAACUAUGUGCAACUAUAAACUGUAAGUAAAGAAUCUCUUCUGUAAUGAAUUUGAACAUUACAGUUAUAUAUAGAAAUUGUGUUUGUCUAAGUGCAGUUUUACAAUGACAUUUUUAUUUUUUAAAACAGUAUGUUCUGAGAACAUCUUCCUGUUAGGCUACAGUAAACCAUCUCAGUAUUAUUCUUUAUGUAAACUUCUCUCAUUUUCAAAUUUGAUUUUAUACCCCUGUCUGUCUGUAACAUAUUUUCCUCCCCAAAGACCCUCAAUUAGAAAUUUCUUACAUAUUUUUAUCUAUGACAAUCCAUAACUGUCUGAGCCAUAUAAUAAUUUAAUAUUGAUGCCUUUUUGUUUCUUUGAUAUACCUAUUUUUUUAA